AUGAAAAUCCCCAAUCUCAUCAUCCUCCUCCUUCUUCCUGUAUUCUUCACAACGUCACUUCAAUCAUCACCUUCACCACCACAUUUCCUCAAAUCAACAACAAACGACACCACUCCAAAACAGUACUUCGAAGUCACCCACCCACUCCCCACCGACGACGUCACUCCGUCAUGUUUCGUCAGCCUACUCAACCACUCCUUCGCAAACACCUACGGCAUUCCCCCCGUCACCGUCAACUACACACCACCACCGCCCACAUGUAACUGGACCAUCGCCGUCCUCGAAUUCCGAGCCCAAUGUAAAGGCGAGCAGUACGACCGUAUCGCUGGCGUAUGGAUCGACGGCGUAGAGCUGUUGCGGACGAGUACGGCUCAGCCGACUGAAUCUGGAAUCUUCUGGAAGGUUCGGAAGGAUGUGAGUAGGUAUUCUUCGGUUAUUUCUCAGUCAAAUCUCACACUCACUGUUAUGCUUGAAAACCUAGUUAACGACGAGUUUACCGGCAUUUACCACGUUAAUGUCUCUUUGUUGUUUUACUCUGCCACUUCCGUUAGGGUUCCGUUAUCUAUUGUUCCGCUUGAAUCAGAAGCUCACUUGUUGAAUCGAAAGCUAAUUUCUAUUGAAAAUAAUGAAAUUGGAGAUAAAUUAGAUCAAUUUGAUCGUGAUAUAGUGUUAAAUUCGUUAUAUCCGUAUAAUAAGCCUGCCGAUUUAGUGGUUCCGAUAUCUGCUUCUGCUGGUGUUAAUGAGGGGUUUUGGUUUAGAAUUGAAGAUGAAUUUGAUGUGAAGACUCAAAAAGUUAAAAUAUCUAAUAGAACUUACAAAGCUGUGCUUGAAUUGUAUGUAUCUUUUCAUGGAAAUGAUGAAUUCUGGUACAUGAAUCCUUCAGAUUCAUAUGUAGAAACCAACCAUUUGUCGACCGGACGAGCUCACGGAGCGUACCGUGAAGUUUUGGUGACGAUAGACGGGAAAUUAGUUGGGGAUGUGGUUCCGUUUCCGGUAAUAUUUACGGGUGGAAUUAAUCCACUGUUUUGGGAGCCGGUUGUGUCGAUCGGAGCUUUUAAUCUUCCGUCUUAUGAUAUAGAUUUGACUCCGUUUUUAGGGCUUCUGUUGGAUGACAAGGAUCAUACAAUUGGGAUUAAAGUUGCUGAUGGUAUUUCAUUUUGGCUUGUGGAUGCAAAUCUGCAUCUUUGGUUUGAUUGUUCGGAUGUUAAAGCACAGACGGUGACAUCCAAGGUCCCGUCGAUGGAAAUUCAGCGUAAAACUGAAUUCGAACUUCUUGAUGGAGAAUUUGAGAUAAAGGGAGAAAGAGAGAGUGAAGUUACUGGAUGGGUGUAUUCAAGCGCAGGCAAUCUGCAAACCCAAUUAACAGAAAAGAUCAAGUUUAAGAACAAACUCAAGUUUAAAGAUCAAGGUACCAAGAAAGAAGUUGAUCAGAAAUACAAAAGGAAAACUAAAAUCAAGAUCACAAAUGAAAUUGGUCAGGUGAUUGAAAGUUUAGAAGUGAAAAUCAAGUAUCCGUUAAAGGUCUCCAUUGAAACGAAGCCCGGAUUAGACGUUGAUACGUCUGUGAUGACCACAAAAGUGGAGCAAGAACGGAGUGAGCGGUUUUAUGGUGGUAAAGAGUCUAUGGUUUUGAGCCACAAACAGAACUGUACUGGUUUGAUGGUGGUGAAGGGUAGUUCUGUGUUGUCGGGUUCCGCAGAAAAUCAACAGAAUUACAAUUAUAACGAUGGUUUAGGUUGUUAUGCUCGAGUGGUUGAUGUGGUGGAUGGUGUUGUUGUUGGGGAUGAUACGAGCUCGAUUUGUGUCUGA